AUGGUGAAGCGGAAGAGCUCGGAAGGCCAGGAGCAAGAGAGCGGCCGAGGGGUCCCGCUGCCCAUCCAGACCUUCCUGUGGAGGCAAACCAGUGCAUUUUUAAGGCCCAAACUGGGAAAACAAUAUGAAGCUUCAUGUGUGUCCUUUGAAAGAGUUUUGGUUGAGAACAAAUUACACGGCCUUUCGCCGGCCCUUUCUGAAGCCAUCCAGAGUAUUUCUCGCUGGGAAUUGGUCCAAGCUGCCUUACCACAUGUUCUUCACUGCACAGCCACUCUCCUUUCAAACCGGAACAAGUUAGGACAUCAAGACAAACUAGGAGUUGCAGAGACAAAGCUGCUUCACACUCUCCACUGGAUGCUACUGGAAGCCCCACAAGACUGCAGCAAUGACCGCUUUGGAGGCGGGGGAGGAGGAGGAGACAGAGGAUCCAGUUGGAGAGGGAGCAGCACUGCCUUCAUACACCAGGUUGAAAACCAAGGAUCUCCAGGGCAUUCACGACGGGACAGCAUCAACGAAGAAGAAGAGAACAACCGGAGGAAAUUCUUUCAGAAUUCCAUGGCCACCGUGGAGCUCUUUGUGUUCUUGUUUGCUCCUCUGGUUCACAGGAUUAAAGAAUCCGACCUGACUUUUCGUCUGGCCAGCGGUCUAGUUAUAUGGCAGCCAAUGUGGGAGCAUAGGCAACCUGAAGUGACUGCCUUUACUACGCUGGUGAAGCCCAUCAGGAAUAUAAUCACAGCAAAGAGAAGCUCUCCCAUCAAAAACCAGACUCAGACAUGUGAAUCUCCUAAUCUAGAUGCUGGGCAUACAGAGGGACUGCAGGUAGUCUGUGAAACAGCUCAGCCAGAUGCCAUGCCUCCAAGGCCUGCUUUUUCAGGCUGUCACCAUGGAAACUCAAUUGAAGGAAGCGUGUCAUCUCAAGCAUCUCAGGAGAAAGCACCCUCAUAUCCUAGAGUAUCUUUGGUUAUCCCACCAUGCCAAAAGUCCCGUUAUGCUACCUAUUUUGAUGUGGCGGUACUACGAUGCCUGCUUCAGCCACAUUGGUCGGAGGAAGGCACUCAGUGGUCCCUGAUGUAUUACCUCCAGAGAUUGCGCCAUAUGUUGGAGGAAAAACCCGAGAAACCACCUGAGCCAGACGUCCCACAGUUGCCAAGACCACGCAGCAGUUCCAUGGUGGCUGCUGCUCCUUCACUGGUGAACACUCACAAGACUCAGGAUCUCACAAUGAAGUGCAAUGAGGAGGAAAAAUCUUUAAGCACUGAAGCUUUUGCCAAAGUGUCACUAACCAACUUGCGCAGACCUGCAGUUCCAGACCUCUCCUCCGAUUUGGGAAUGAAUAUUUUUAAGAAGUUCAAGAGCCGCAAAGAAGAUCGCGAACGCAAAGGCUCUAUUCCAUUCCACCACACAGGGAAGAAACGACAGAGGAGGAUGGGGGUCCCCUUCUUGCUCCAUGAAGAUCAUUUGGACGUGUCACCAACUCGGAGCACAUUCUCCUUUGGCAGCUUCUCUGGGAUUGGUGAAGAUAGGCGUGGCAUGGAGAGAGGAGGGUGGCAAACCACGAUCUUAGGGAGGUUUACCAGGCGGGGGAGCUCCGAUACGGCUACAGAGAUGGAGAGCUUGAGCGCAAGGCAUUCCCACUCGCAUCAUACCUUGGUUACUGACCUGCCAGACCACUCGAACAGUCACGUGCGUUCCCAAAUCUCAACCAUCACAGUGGCAACCUUCAAUACGACGCUGGCCUCUUUCAAUGUGGGCUAUGCUGACUUCUUCAGUGAGCACAUGCGCAAGCUCUGUAACCAAGUGCCCAUACCAGAGAUGCCCCAUGAGCCUCUGGCAUGUGCCAAUCUCCCCCGGAGUUUGACAGAUUCCUGUAUCAACUACAGCUGCCUGGAGGAUACAGACCACAUAGAUGGCACCAGCAACUUUGUCCACAAGAAUGGCAUGCUGGAUCUUUCGGUGGUUCUCAAGGCUGUAUAUUUGGUCCUAAACCAUGACAUCAGCUCUCGAAUCUGUGAUGUAGCCCUAAAUAUUGUGGAAUGCCUGCUUCAGCUUGGUGUAGUACCUUGUGUGGAGAAGACCAGAAGGAAAAGUGAGAACAAAGAGAACGAAUCCUGUGAAAAGAGACAAAGCGAGACCUCCUUCCAACUCAAGGGGGCCCUGAGUAGUUCAGCAUCCGGAUUUGGGGCUACCCCACUCAGUGGAAAUGCAGAUGGUGUCGGCGAAGGAGGAGGAGGAGGAGGAGGCAGCGGUGGCGGUGGCGGUGGCGGCACUGGUGGUGGUGGUGGAGGAAGACCAUAUGAAAAGAAUGAAAAAAAGGAAGACAAGGAGGAAGGCACUCCAGUAAGCACCCACAGGCUAGCCCUGACCAUGCUGAUCAAGAUAGUGAAGUCUUUGGGCUGUGCAUAUGGCUGUGGAGAAGGUCACCGAGGGCUCUCUGGAGAUCGCCUGAGACAUCAGGCACAGAACUGUCUCACAAAGUUGUAUAAGCUGGAUAAGAUGCAGUUCCGGCAGACCAUGAGAGACUAUGUGAACAAGGAUUCAUUGAAUAAUGUGGUGGAUUUUUUACACGCUUUGCUAGGAUUCUGUAUGGAACCAGUCACAGACAACAAGGCUGGUUUUGGAAACAAUUUCACCACAAUGGACAACAAGUCUACAGCCCAAAGUGUGGAAGGUAUUAUUGUCAGUGCCAUGUUUAAAUCGCUGAUCACCCGCUGUGCCUCUACAACACAUGAGCUCCAUAGUCCUGAGAAUCUGGGAUUGUACUGUGACAUCCGACAACUGGUUCAGUUUAUCAAGGAGGCUCAUGGGAAUGUCUUUAGAAGAGUAGCUCUUAGUGCCCUUUUAGAUAGUGCUGAGAAGUUGGUGCCAGGAAGAAAAACAGAGGAAGCUACUGAACACGAACCCAAACAAUCAAGCAGUAAAAGAUCUGAAGUGGGAAGUGUUGUUAUUGAUAAAGGGCAGCCAUCUUCUGCCCCUGAUGAAUGCCGCAGUUAUAUCUCAAGUCGCCCAAUGCAGACUCCAGAACAUGAUGAGCAAAUGCAAGGAGCAGCCCUAGGCCGCAAAGACUUCUGGCGAAAGAUGUUCAAAUCACAGAGUGCAGCGAGUGAUACUAGCAGCCAGUCUGAGCCAGAUACCUCAGAAUGCACAACUGCACACUCGGGGGUGACCACUGAGAGGCGCUCCCGCUCCCGCUCAAGACGGAUCUCUCUCCGAAAGAAACUCAAACUUCCUUUAGGGAACUGGCUGAAACGCUCAUCCCUUUCUGGCCUGGCAGAUGGUGUGGAAGAUCUUCUUGAUAUCAGCUCUGUAGAUCGUCUUUCUUUCAUCAGGCAGAGUUCCAAGGUGAAAUUCACUAGUGCUGUGAAGCUGUCAGAAGGAGGACCAGGAAGUGGCAUGGAGAAUGGGCGUGAUGAAGAGGAGAAUUUUUUCAAGCGUCUUGGCUGCCAGACCUAUGAUGAUCACCUGGCAUCCAACCAAGAGGGAGGCAAAUCCAAGAACGUAGUGAACCUGGGAGCAAUACGACAAGGGAUGAAGCGUUUCCAGUUUCUCUUAAACUGCUGCGAGCCGGGCACAAUCCCUGAUGCCUCCAUUUUGGCAGCUGCCCUUGAUCUUGAGGCACCAGUGGUGGCAAGAGCAGCCCUGUUCCUGGAAUGUGCUCGCUUUGUUCAUCGUUGUAACCGUGGCAACUGGCCAGAAUGGAUGAAGGGACACCAUGUGAACAUCACUAAAAAGGGCCUUUCUCGUGGGCGCUCCCCAAUAGUAGGGAACAAACGUAAUCAGAAGUUACAGUGGAAUGCAGCCAAACUCUUCUACCAGUGGGGGGAUGCAAUUGGAGUCCGUCUUAAUGAGCUCUGCCAUAGUGAGAGUGAGAGCCCAGCUAAUCUUCUGGGUCUCAUUUAUGAUGAGGAGACUAAGAGGAGGCUGAGAAAGGAGGAUGAGGAGGAAGACUUUUUAGAUGACAGUACUGUAAACCCCACCAAAUGUUGCUGUCCUUUUGCCCUAAAGAUGGCAGCAUGUCAGCUUCUUCUGGAGAUUACCACAUUUCUUCGAGAGACCUUUCCUUACAUGCCCAGGCCUCGUACAGAGCCUCUUGUGGACCUGGAGAGCUGCAGGUUGCGUUUGGACCCUGAGAUGGACCGCCACAGGUAUGAGAGGAAAAUCAGCUUUGCUGGAGUGCUGGAUGAGAAUGAAGAUUCCAAAGAUUCCUUGCACAGCAGCAGUCAUACCCUGAAAUCUGACACAGGUUGUGAAGAGAAGAAAGAAGGGAGCCCUUGGAGUGCAAGUGAACCCAGUAUAGAACCUGAAGUCCUAAGCAGCACCGGCACUGAAGAAAACUAUCAUCGUAACAUGUCUUGGCUACAUGUGAUGAUCCUGCUGUGCAAUCAGCAGAGUUUUAUUUGCACGCAUAUUGAUUAUUGCCAUCCCCACUGUUACCUUCACCAUAGCCGUUCCUGUGCACGACUUGUCCGAGCCAUUAAGUUGCUUUAUGGAGAUACUGUGGAGUCUCUGAGAGAAAAUAAUUCAUUGAAUAAUGUGGCUAGGGGCAAAAAACAAAAAGAGUGUUCAGACAAGUCAUGCCUGAGGACACCCUCCCUAAAGAAAAGAGUGAUUGAUUCUAACCUUGAAGGAAAAAAGGACUCUGGAAUGUUAAAGUAUAUCAGGCAUCAGGUGAUGAGCUUGUCCCCAGCACCUUUAUCGCUCUUAAUCAAGGCAGCUCCUAUUCUCACAGAGGAGAUGUAUGGGGACAUUCAACCUGCAGCGUGGGAAUUGCUGCUUAGUAUGGAUGAGCACAUGGCUGGCGCAGCAGCUGCCAUGUUUCUUCUGUGUGCUGUGAAAGUGCCUGAGGCAGUAUCCGAUAUGCUGAUGUCAGAAUUCCAUCACCCUGAGGCAGUGCAAAGGUUGAAUGCUAUUCUCAAAUUCCACACCCUCUGGAGAUUUAGGUAUCAAGUCUGGCCUCGUAUGGAAGAAGGAGCUCAGCAGAUCUUUAAGAUUCCUCCACCUAGCAUUAACUUCACGUUGCCGUCUCCGGUGCUAGGAAUGCCAUCUGUCCCCAUGUUUGACCCUCCGUGGGUGCCACAGUGCAGUGGAAGUGUGCAGGACCCAAUUAAUGAAGAUCAAUCUAAAUCAUUUUCAGCUCGGGCAGUGUCACGCUCUCAUCAGCGUGCAGAGCACAUUCUGAAGAACCUGCAGCAGGAAGAAGAGAAGAAACGUUUGGGCCGAGAAGCUAGUCUGAUCACUGCUAUUCCCAUCACACAGGAGGCUUGUUAUGAGCCCACCUGCUCUCCAAACUCAGAACAGGAAGAGGAAGUAGAAGAAGUUGCCAAUCUGGCAUCCCGCCGUCUUUCUGUGAGUCCAUCAUGUACUUCUAGUACAUCUCAUAGGAACUACUCCUUCCGCCGUGGCUCUGUUUGGUCAGUGCGUUCGGCAGUCAGUGCUGAAGAUGAAGAACGUACAACUGAGCACACACCAAAUCACCAUGUACCCCAACCCCCACAGGCAGUAUUCCCGGCAUGUAUCUGUGCAGCUGUGCUCCCCAUUGUUCACUUAAUGGAAGAUGGAGAAGUCCGAGAAGAUGGAGUAGCAGUCAGUGCUGUGGCUCAGCAAGUCCUAUGGAACUGUCUCAUUGAAGACCCUUCUACAGUUCUUCGGCAUUUUCUGGAGAAACUAACAAUCAGCAAUCGACAGGAUGAGUUGAUGUAUAUGCUGAGGAAACUUCUGCUCAACAUUGGAGACUUCCCUGCUCAGACAUCCCAUAUCCUCUUUAAUUAUUUGGUGGGACUGAUCAUGUAUUUUGUGCGCACACCAUGUGAAUGGGGCAUGGAUGCCAUUUCAGCAACUCUGACCUUCCUUUGGGAAGUAGUGGGCUACGUAGAAGGACUUUUUUUCAAAGAUCUCAAACAGACUAUGAAGAAGGAACAAUGUGAAGUAAAGCUGCUGGUUACUGCCUCGAUGCCAGGCACCAAAACUCUGGUAGUUCAUGGGCAAAAUGAAUGUGAUAUCCCGACCCAGUUACCAGUCCAUGAAGACACCCAGUUUGAAGCUCUUUUAAAGGAAUGUCUGGAAUUUUUUAACAUACCUGAAUCUCAAUCUUCCAACUAUUUUUUAAUGGAUAAACGAUGGAACCUUAUUCAUUAUAAUAAGACCUAUGUCCGUGAUAUUUAUCCAUUUCGGAGAUCAGUAUCUCCCCAGUUGAAUUUGGUACACAUGCAUCCAGAAAAAGGGCAAGAACUUAUUCAGAAACAGGUGUUUACACGUAAAUUGGAAGAAGUGGGCCGGGUGCUGUUCCUCAUUUCUCUGACGCAGAAGAUCCCUGUUGCUCACAAGCAAUCCCAUGUCUCUUUGCUGCAAGAGGACCUUCUCCGCUUGCCAUCCUUCCCUCGCAGUGCAAUCGACGCUGAAUUCUCCCUCUUUAAUGAUCCCCAAGCAGGAAAGGAGCUCUUUGGCCUUGACACUCUUCAGAAAAGCCUGUGGAUUAAACUUCUGGAGGAGAUGUUUCUCGGGAUGCCUAGUGAAUUUCCCUGGGGGGAUGAAAUCAUGCUGUUCCUGAAUGUGUUUAAUGGGGCCUUGAUCCUACACCCAGAGGACAGUGCCCUGUUGCGGCAAUAUGCUGCCACCGUCAUCAACAGUGCUGUACAUUUCAACCACCUCUUCUCUCUCAGUGGCUACCAGUGGAUCCUCCCGACUAUGCUGCAGGUAUAUGCUGACUAUGAAAGCAACCCACAGCUGCGUCAAGCAAUCGAGUUUGCCUGCCGACAGUUUUACAUCCUGCACCGCAAGCCCUUUAUACUGCAAUUGUUUGCUAGUGUGGCUCCCCUCCUGGAGUUUCCUGUGAAUUUCUGCUAUGGCAAUGAGGACCUGACCUUUUCCAUCAGUGAAUCCAUCAAGUUGUGUGUGACAGUGGUGGCAUAUGCCCCUGAAUCUUUCAGAAGUCUUCAGAUGCUGAUGGUCCUCGAAGCCCUGGUUCCCUGUUACCUGCAGAGGCUUAAGAGGCAGACCUCCCAAGUGGAGACAGUGACGGCUGCUCGAGAAGAAAUUGCCGCGACGGCGGCUCUUGCUACCUCCUUGCAAGCCCUUUUGUACAGCGUGGAGGUUCUCACCAGGCCAAUGACAGCACCUCAAAUGAGUCGCUGUGAUCAAGGCCAUAAAGGAACCACUACUGCUAACCACACAAUGUCAUCUGGAACAAAUACCAGGUAUCCAGAGCAAGGAGCCAAGCUGCACUUUAUCAGGGAAAACCUUCAUCUGCUGGAGGAAGGCCAAGGCCUCCAGCGAGAGGAACUGGAUGAACGUAUUGCUAGGGAAGAGUUCAGGCGACCUCGUGAGUCUCUGUUGAAUAUCUGUACAGAGUUCUAUAAACACUGUGGCCCCAGGCUGAAGAUUUUGCAAAACCUCGCUGGAGAGCCUAGGGUGACUUCCUUAGAGCUACUGGAUGUUAAGUCUCAUAUGAGGUUGGCAGAAAUUGCACAUUCCCUUCUGAAGCUGGCACCUUAUGACACCCAGACGAUGGAAAGCCGUGGGCUCCGGCGAUACAUCAUGGAGAUGCUACCCAUCACUGACUGGACGGCCGAAGCAGUGAGGCCUGCCCUGAUCCUCAUCUUAAAACGAUUGGAUCGUAUGUUCAAUAAAAUUCACAAGAUGCCUACUUUGAGGCGACAGGUUGAGUGGGAGCCUGCCAGCAGUUUGAUUGAAGGGGUUUGUUUGACACUUCAGAGGCAGCCAAUCAUAUCCUUCCUGCCUCAUCUUAGGUCACUGAUCAAUGUCUGUGUUAAUCUGGUGAUGGGAGUAGUAGGACCUUCCAGUGUGGCCGAUGGAUUACCCCUUCUUCAUCUCAGCCCUUAUCUCUCGCCACCUCUACCCUUCAGCACAGCUGUUGUCCGGCUUGUAGCAUUGCAGAUUCAGGCUUUGAAAGAAGAUUUCCCCUUAAGCCACGUGAUCUCUCCAUUCACCAAUCAGGAAAGGAGGGAAGGAAUGCUUUUAAAUCUUCUGAUUCCAUUUGUGCUCACAGUAGGAUCAGGAAGCAAAGACAGCCCUUGGCUAGAGCAGCCAGAAGUCCUCCUGCUGCUCCAGACAGUGAUCAAUAUAUUGCUGCCGCCUCGCAUUAUCAGCACUUCUCGCAGCAAGAACUUCAUGUUGGAGAGCUCCCCUGCCCACUGCUCCACUCCGGGGGACGCAGGGAAGGAUCUGCGUAAAGAAGGGCUAGCCGAAUCCACUAGUCAGGCAGCCUACUUAGCUCUGAAGGUGAUCCUUGUCUGUUUUGAGCGGCAACUUGGCAGCCAGUGGUAUUGGCUGAGUUUGCAGGUCAAAGAGAUGGCUCUGCGAAAAGUAGGAGGGCUAGCCCUGUGGGAUUUUGUGGAUUUUAUAGUUCGGACUCGAAUUCCUAUUUUUGUGCUUCUUCGACCCUUCAUUCAGUGCAAGUUGCUAGCCCAGCCAGCUGAGAAUCAUGAGGAGCUGACUGCCCGACAGCACAUUGCCGACCAGCUAGAACGGCGCUUCAUCCCACGGCCCCUCUGCAAGAGUUCUCUCAUUGCAGAGUUCAACAAUGAGCUAAAGAUCCUCAAGGAGGCUGUGCAUAGUGGGUCAGCCUACCAAGGGAAAACCUCUAUCAGCACCGUGGGCACAUCCACCUCCGCCUACCGACUUAGUCUUGCCACCAUGUCCCGCUCCAACACGGGCACAGGAACCGUCUGGGAGCAGGACAGCGAGCCUUCCCAACAGGCUUCUCAAGAUACUUUGAGCCGGACGGAUGAAGAAGAUGAAGAAAAUGAUUCUGUGAGCAUGCCCAGUGUGGUAAGUGAACAAGAAGCAUACCUUUUGGGUGCCAUUGGGAGGAGACGAUUCUCCAGCCAUCUCUCCAGCAUGUCUGCACCUCAGGCUGAGGUGGGCAUGCUACCCAGCCAAAGCGAACCUAAUGUCCUCGAUGACUCCCAAGGCCUGGCCGCUGAGGGCAGCCUCUCUAGGGUAGCAAGUGUGCAGAGUGAACCUGGACACCAUAAUCUCCUUCUUCAACAACCAUUAGGGAGAAAAAGAGGUCUGAGACAGUUAAGGAGGCCUCUUUUAUCGCGCCAGAAAACCCAAACGGAACCUCGCAGUCGUCACGGAGCACGACUUUCUACUACACGUAGAAGCAUACAGCCAAAAGUAAAACCAACUGUGGAUCAAAAGCGGUCUGUAACCUUCACUGAAGCUCAGUCGGAGGCAUCAACCUCGAAAACAGAUCCGGCACCUAUUGGAGCCCAGCAACAAAGCAGCAAAAGGAACAGCCCUGCAGAAGGCGGCAAGCAGGAGGCUGCGAGUAAAUCUCCCACAACUCCCUCCCUUGCUGUUAUUGUGGCAGACCUUCACAGUCAAGCCUCAGCUAGUCAGACAGAAACACUUCUGGCUGAAAAGGAUAAAAAGAGAGAGGAGGAUCCAGAGCAGAAGCCAGCGCAAGCACAUGAUACCCCUCCACCCGCUCAGCUUUCUGACACAGAGGAUUUUACAGGUCUAGAGACCACCAGUUUACUGCAGCAUGAAGACACUGUCCUUCAUAUCAGUGAGGAUAAUGGGAUGGAGAAUCCCCUUCUUUCUAGCCAGUUCAGUUUCACACAUGUUGAGGUGGGGCACACUGACAUUGACCUGGAUGAGUCACAUGUUUAAGUCGGGAGGGAUACUGUAGUUUCUUAAAAGGAAGGCGAGAUCUUUUUUUGAGUCUGCUUAUCCCUCUGUAAUUAUCAAGAGCACUUUAUAAACAAUGAAAAAUACUGUCUGCUAGUUUGUUUGGUAUCUGGGGGCUAAUAUAUUUCAGAAAAUACGUAGGCCACACCUUUGGACCAAUCUAGUGGGACUCAGGGCACACUAUAAACAGAAGAAUAACUUGAAAUAGACUUAGGCUAUGAACUAAGGGUGUGAUUGCAUACAGAAAUAGAUUGCAUUUUGGACUACUUAUGGAGUAGUUCAGUGUGAUCUAUUUCCUGGCAAUCACACAACGUACAGGAAAUUGAGCUCUAGCCUGAUCCUGAAUGGUGCCUGAGCAGGACCUUUAUGGUCCAACUGUAGGGCUAUGACUUUUUUUGGGGCCAGGCCAUAGCAAUUCCCCAACAGACAUAAGGGUCACUUUCUUACAAAGCAACCCUUUCCAGUGCAAUCAGACAUGCAUCAUCUGACCGCACCCUAAGUCACAGUGUCUUGGAUCAUUUAUACUUCUCAGUUUCACUGUUAAAUAAAUCACUAUAGUAAAUGUAAGGCAGGAAAAGAGAAGUAUUUAUUUGGAGGCUGGCCACGUUAAUAUGAUAUCCUAAGAUUUGUUUUAGUUCGAGAAAGGGAAUGUAUCCAUAUUUGUCUGUUUGUGGUAAACAUAAUUAUGAGAGUUUGGAAUCCCUCAGCGGGUAUGCUAAGGGAGUCUAGGAAUUUAAAUUUCCAAGCUCCAGAUAAAUACGAGCUGUAGAGCUACAGAAACCCUAGUCAAAAUUCAGAGGGAUAUUUGGGGGCAAUUUCUGUCCCUUGUUUGCAAUUAUACACUGUGAGGUACAGUUUGACUUAACAAGUAAGUCGUUUUCCUUCACUUGAAAAUUAAGUGUGAACUACACUGAACAAAUGGUAAUGUUAUGCAUAGGUGGGGAGAGCUGGGACAACUGUGUGGUAAAUGAGGUAAAUGAUACUAAAUAUUCUGAAACAUAACAGAAGGAGAAACAGAGAGAAAGUAUGCAAUUUUCAUUACACUUAUCUGCUAUGUUUGUAGUUCCAGUUAUGUAUUAAUCCAUAUCUUUCCAUUACCCAUCUUCUACAAAACAACCAGGACAUAUGUAGGGUAUAAUAGUUUCUAUGUAUUGGUGGUGUGUGACAUAAAAAGGUUUAGAUCCAUGUACACUUAUGUAAAAUUCCAUUAUUUGUGAUAUUUAGUGUAAAAAAAAGGUAAGGCGUAUGAAUUAUACCUCUAUUUCAAGUGUGUACCUUAUCACAGAUCAUUUGUAAUUAGACUAAAUGAAAUAUGAAUGUACCCAUUAAUUUCCAAGGAUUUAAUUAUCCUUUUAUUCUGCCAUCAUUACGUUGACAUAAUUUAGUUCAUGUUUAAAGGUUUCUACGAUGGAUUUCUUAUGGCAGCCAUAUACUGUAUAUGGUUUCUAAAACAUUGUUUUAUGAGAUGACAUUUAAAGUUACAUAUCACAGAUAGUUGGGAGUGGUUUCUAAAGCUAUGCAGGAAAAAGAUAUAGCAUAAUCAAAAUACGUCAUUAUUGUUCCUCUUAGUUUUCACCACUUCUGAUACUUUUUGUUAUUCUUUUUUACAGAAAAUGUAGCUGUUAUUGAGUAAAUUUAUAUUUUUUUAUUCUGAAAAGGUGGCCUUCUCGUUGGUUUCAGUGUGACUUUCAUGAGAAAGUGGGAUGCUGUUGUUCAGAAAGCAGAUUUCCCUUUCCUAGUACACCUCCCUUCUGCUCAGUGAAUUAGCUUAUAAUGACAUGGUGGUGGUCAGUACGGUUAUUUGAUAUUCUGCACACUCAGUUGCACUAGGCAAACUAUUAUAUAAUAGGUUGUGGAUCUUCUGGCAAACUGAAAUAGAUUUGCUACAUUUUUUCUUAGACUUACAGCUACAGAAGAUUUUGUUCUGCAGUAUAGGUGUGCUGGAUUGGUUCCUCUCUCGGAUAUCGUAUUGAACUAGAAAUAAACUAUUUUAACCAACAACCACUUUUUAAAUAAAGGACACAACUUACAAACUUCUGUGGUCUCAGGAGACUGAAGCUUUCCUUGUUUCAGGUUUUAGGAUUCAGUUAGCUUCAUUGGUGUCUGGUGUGCAUUGACUAUGAUAACAAAAUAAGGAUGUUGCUAACAAGAUUACAAUAUACCUAUUUUACAGAGAUUUUUACCCAAAUGUCAGUAAUUACAUUUCUAGUUUGGGUAAAGAGAUGAGUGUGUGAUAAGUAUUUCACUCAAUCACACUUUGAGAAAAUAUUGUGACUCAUUAUAUAAAGAUCAGUGUGCGUGAAAUUUUGUUUCUCUGUCACCACCUUAUUGUCAGGAACUGAAUCCAUUUUAGCAAGCCAUAAUGAGAACUGAAAAUAUGUCUAUUGUUAUUUUUCUUUUCUUUUUAAGAUCCAGCGUAAAAUUUAGACCUAAAGACAACAGCAGUCUGGCAGCCCAAAAUAAGUCUGUUAUUGCUUAAUCAGUUUACUAAGAUAAACUGAGACAUGCAUUUUUCAUAUGUAUCUUUGUCUCAUAUUGGCUACACUGUACUAACAAAUAUUCUCUCAGAAUUUGUGCUUUCUUCCAGUAUAUUUUUAGGUGACAAGUACACUGCUGCUGAGAAGAACAUUAUGCUGCUUACUUAGUGUUAGAGGCCUUAUGUGCAAGUAAUGUUCAACAAAUGUCUGUGUUGAAAAACUUUGUCUGUAUUCUGUAAAGUUGUUUCAGAUGUUUACAUUAACGUGCUGUUAUUAUUUUUAAAAAAUCACAUAGUAUCCCUUUCUAAAAAGCUGUAAAACCAAGUAACAGCCAUGCUCACUGAGUUUACUGUAAGCUCCCUCUUCAACAUGUGCCUCCUGAUAGCUUUUCAAGCAACGCCCUAUCCCAGUUCAGUUUUAUAGAAAGGGAAAAUUACUGUGAUGGAAAUGUUUGGUAUGACUAUCAUGUGAGCAUUUGUGUCUUUUUUUUUAAUGUGACUAUAGCUGUGCUGAAUGUUAAGAUAAUUGUAUGUAUUUGUAUACCUAUAUGAGUGUUGGAACGUCAAGGGAUGAGUUCUUAAGGACUGCUGCUGCACGACUAUUACAGAGAUAUAUUUUAGAAAACAAGAAUUGGCAUUAAAAGUACAUCUAGCAUUAUCUGCACAAAUAGAAUGUUUCCUUACAAAUUUUGGUAAUAGGGUAUUCCCUGAAAAGAUUUCAGUAUAUUAAAACAUGCCCAUUGCCAAAGAAAUAUGGAACAACAGGAGAUUAUACAGUUGGGUAAAUGAUCUCAGGGCAAUCAGGAGAAUGUUAUCUUCUUAUGUAUAGGAAGAAAAGGAAGGGCUAUUCUGCCAUAAAUAUUCAGAGAGUAUUGGAGAGAGGCUUUUAUGAAAAUACCUGUUUAUAUGAACCAAGAAAUCAAAAGUAUCUAUUUAUUUGUACCCAUAAAGCUUAAUUUUUGCUGGAAAAAAUAUGAAAAAUACAGAAACAGUUUAAACUGUGGGUUCAAAGGAUGUAUAGCAAAAAUGUUAUAGAUCUGGAAUGUCUGCCAAAUGACCAAAGAUGAAAGAUAUUUAAAAAAUGAAAGAAAGCGAGAUAUCGGAGUUAUGUUUAUGAAAAAGACUGCAAUAGCUUAAUGUCUGAACAUGUAUAAAUAAUAAAUCUUGC